AUGGAGAUGUUAAAUCUGAUGAGGAGCAGGUUUCAGGUGCAAGAAAAGCGGGAGGACCGGCUGAGCGGCCUCCCCGCCGACGUCCUCCACUCCAUCCUCGGCGUGCUUCCGCUGAAGGACGCCGUCCGCACCAGCGCCCUCUCCACGAGGUGGGCGCACAAAUGGCUCCACGCGCUCGCCGCGUCGGCGGUCCUCGACUUCACCGACCGCGACUUGGUCCGCGGCCAGUCACCGGCGCAGAUCACGGCCACGGUGGACCGCGUCCUCGCGAUCCACGGCGCGGCGCCCAUCCACGUGUUCCGCGUGGCGCUGUCGCCGCUCGACGAGCUCGGGCAGAACGUCGUCGUCGGGUGGGUCGCGGCCGCCCUGGGGAGAGGCGCCAGGGAGGUCGGGGUGGACCUGGCGCGACGGGGCGUCCUAGACUACGCGAAAGGGCGCGCGUCCCUAUUGCAGCUUCCCGGGGACCUGUUCCAGGUCGAGAACUCGCUGUCGGUGCUUAGCCUGGGCCGGUGCAGCCUCCGCGACGUCCCUCCCGGGGCGGCGGGGCUCGCCGGCCUGACAUCCCUCUCCCUCGACCGCGUCGACGUCACCGACGAUGAUGUCCGGGACGUGGUCUCGGAGUGCCGGCUGCUCGAGUUCCUGAGCCUGAGGAGCUGCCACCUCCUCGUGUCGGUGAGGGUCGCCGGCGAGAGGCUGCGGGGCCUGGAGAUCGUGGGCUGCCUGUCCAUGCGCCAUCUGCGGGUGGCCGCGCCCGCGCUCGAGUCCUUGGCAUACCACGGGGAAAUCCUAUACUACAGAGACGACGCCUACGAGACUGCUCCCGUCGAGUUCAUCGGCAAAGAUAACACGAGGAGGAAUGGUUCGGAUGCGGUCACGCCGGAGCUACGAGACGCGUACCUGUCCCACCUCGGCUUGGGCGGAUACGACGAGCUGAUUCACGAGUUCGCCUACUCAGGCUUCUUGGAGGAGGUCGCCCAUGCCAGGAUUUUGACACUUUGCUCCGUGGGCUUACUGCACAUCGAAGAAACCCGAAUAUUUUACGAGCUCACUAUGUAUACCCCGAACCUAGAAGAAGUGCAGCUGCUUAUGGACACCAUGAGCGACGGUGAUGUCAAUCGUUUCUGUGGCUUCUUCGGGCUCACCGAACCGCCCCUCCUCGAGCGACUCUUCGUCCGGGUAAACAUCCUUUUCCUCGUCAAUGCCAUUCAUUGUCGCCUCAUCACAUCAGCGAAUUCUCGGAUCGUACUUGCAGCUCCCAGCCGCCGCUUGCGAGGACACUACUGA